AUGGACGGUACUCAUGGCAUUUUGACGACACGUAAUUUGGAACCACCAAGUAUUAUUAAAUCGUAUAGAAAACCAAACCAAGAAUAUAAAAGAAGAAAAAUUCUUGGAGAGGAAGGAGAAAUUCUUGCAAUAAAGUCAAUAUCCAAAUCCACUUUAAGAAAAAAUCCUUUAAAUAAAGAAAAAACAUUGGCAUACAUGAUUAAAAAACGACAAAGAAUAACGGAAGCAGAAGUUAGAUUCUUUAUGCGACAAUUAUUAGACGCGUGCGAUUAUAUGCACAAAAUGUUUGUCAUUCACCGAGACUUAAAACUUUCAAACUUAUUUUUGACAAAUGAAAUGAAGGUCAAAAUAGGAGAUUUUGGACUAGCGGCUCAAUUGGAACGAGUAGUACUAUUUGGGCAUGAUGGUCAUAGUUUUGAAGCAGACUUAUGGUCUUUGGGUCCUCCAUUUCAGAAAAAUAGUGAUUCUCAUGAAAUUUAUCGAAGAAUAAAAGAAGGUGCUUAUGAAUUCCCAACUUAUAUUACAGAUGUUUCAAAAGAAGCGAAAAGAAUCACGCCACAAAAGAUUCCAUUAUCAGCAUUAUUUAUAACACCAACUUUUGAUUAUCAUAAUCAAUCCGUCACCAUCAAAUCUCAGACAUCUUAUGCAUCGCAUAUGAGUAUUCCAAUACUUGAAACUUGUUAUACAACUUUGAAGUCGGAAUUUAAAAAUUCACAAGAAAAGAAAAAAAAUAUUAAAGAUAUUUUAGUUGGAAAUGUUCGAAGUGUUAAAAGUGAUUUAUCGAUUACUCCACGAGUGUUCAUUAAUAAAUGGAUGGAUUACUCAAAGAAGUAUGGAUUUGGAUAUCAGUUAACAGAUGGUUCAACCGGAAUUUAUUUUGAUGACGAUAAUACAACUUUAAUAAUACGUACUCUUUACACCGUAAAGGAAUAUCCAAAAUUUUUAACAAAGAAAUUUUUUACAUUACAAAAGUUUGAAAAAUACAUGAAAGAAACUCUUGUAAAAGAAAAUACUUACACCUAUGUUGAUCGUGAUAGAACGCGUAAUAUGGUAUUCAUGAAGAAAUUUAAACGUUCUCGACACGCAAUGUUAUUUUGUUUGAGUAAUUAUUUAGUACAGAUAGUUUUCUUUAAUCACGAAAGGAUUAUUUUAACAGAAGAAGGACGUGUCGUAACUCAUAUUAAUGAAAAGGACGUAACCAAUACAUAUACUUUAUUAGAUAUUUUAGAGGGAAAUGAUCAAACUCUUAUAAAUAGAUUGGAAUAUAAGGAUAAUAAUGGGAAGGAAGAUGUCGAACAACAGAGAAGAAGUAAAAGAUCAAAGAUUAAUUAA